AUGUCGGGGAUCACAGUGAAUUCGGAUUGUGGAGAAUGUUCAGCCCCUUCACAUGAGCUUUGCACCACGGAAUUACACCCAUACUCUAGCAUCGAUGAGGAUGAUGAACUUCUGAAGUAUAUCUGGAGGGAAUAUUUGCAUCCCAAGCAGUAUGAAUGGGUUCUUAUUGCAGGAUACAUACUUGUUUUUUUCGUUUCUCUCAUUGGAAACACAUUAGGUAAGUUUUGUUAAAGGGUUUUGUCGCAGGAUGGAUUAAUUGAGCCAGGAUAAUUUCUAAAAAUGUCAUCCUAAUUUUAAAGUGCAUGGCAUUAGAUCAAGUCCGCAAAGCUAUCUGGGCUUCAUUGAACAUAAUGGUACUUUCAUAGAAGUUAGGCUACCGGUGAGUCGAUUGUAGGCUAUCCAUAUAUAUAUGAUUAUUAUUAUUAUUAUUAAGAUAUUAAUUUGGUGUUCACUAAUGCAGUAUCAGUAGACUACCGUCUAUGAAUAAAACAUGAGUUUAUUGACAAUCGAAUGUAUUUGGGAAGCGUAAAAUAAAGACCUUAUCCGGAGCGCGGACAUGCAUGGGCAUCUGUCGUAUUCGUAUGUGCAUGUGACACGCGACAGCUAAAAUGAUAAGCCACGCGAUCUGUAAAGUGAUAAACCAGAAUCAAAGUGGUGUACAAAGCAUUCUCUUUAAACGGUAUUUUUCCGUUUUGGGUGUUAAUAAUACUAAUAUAGGUGAGGGCAUAUUAGAAAUUGGAAAGAACAUAUUUUUGGAGCAUCUCUAUUAGGCCUAUGCUUCUAGUUCAUAAUAAGAUGCCUGUAGAAUAAAUAAAGUUUACUGCAUUAAGUAGAUGCUUCCAGUUUUCAGAAUAAGAUUCUUGGGCAGUAUCUUAUCAAGACACUUAAGAUACUGCUUAAACAUGGCAUGUUUGAAUCCAAUUGAAUCUAGCCCUGGAUAACUGCUAUUAUGAGAUUAUUGGCUAAUCUAAUUCUUGUUAAUGGUCUUAAUUAAGUGUCUACAUUUCUUCUAAAUAAUUUUUUAUGUGCUGACAAUACGGGCAAUCGUUUAACAAUGUUUUCAAGUAGCCUACAAGUGCGUCUCAUUUUCUCAGUGUGCAGUUUCUUUUGUUACCAUGGCAGUGCUGUUCGCUUGUGUUGAUAGGAACGGCAUUUUUCUCUUUACCCGAAGUUUAGGGCACGAUUUUAAUAAUUCUUCAUGAUCUGUUUGUGAAUGAGACUGGUUUAUUUGCCAAUUAUAAUACGUGUCUGUAGUAAAGGUACACUGUGUCUUUAAGGCAGGAAGAGCGUUCUGUGCUUCUUGAAGAGCAGGGUUGGAGAUGGAAUGGUUCACUGCAGACUGGGGAACCUUUGAAAACGAGAAAUCUGUUCAAUAUGUCUAACUCUCCUGAGUUGUAAACCUGUCCUGAUGUCAUACCCUGUGGAUACUGAAAAGAGGCUAUGUUGACUGUAUUCAUAUCCAUUAUUUUUACCUUCCACAUUAUUUUGGCGUAAAUUAGAAAUGUGUUUAUGACAGUCUUAUCACAGAUGUAGGCUUAUUGUAGAUUAAAUUCGUCACUAUUAUACAUUGUUAUUUGACUGCCCUUUUCAUAAUCACCAAGGGAAAUGUAAGAGACAUAACAGGACAACUGUCACGCCCUGACUCAGAGGACGCUUAUAUGUUGAGUCAGGGUGUGUAUAUUCCUUGUUGUGAUUUUCUAUGUUGUAUUUUCUAUGUUUAGAUCUAGUAGGUAUAGAUCUAUGUUGGCCGGUGUGGUUCCCAAUCAGAGGCAGCUGUCGCUCGUUGUCUCUGAUUGGGGACAAUAUUUAGGCAGCCUAUUGGCACUAGUGGGUUGUGGGAUCUUGUUCUGUGUGAGGUAUGUUGUUUGUCUACCUUGGACUGCAUGUUUCGUUUGUUGUUUUGUCGUGUCGUGGUUAUUCAAUAUAAAUAAACAUGUAUGCAUAUCACGCUGCGCCUUGCUCCGUCCCGUCUGUAAACGAUCGUGACAACAACAGGUUAAUUUGAAAUGAAUUCAUAUUGAUUAUGCAAUUGAUAGCUGUUAUUCAGGUGCUGUUAUUCAGGUGUGUGCUGUGUGUUGUAUUGCAUUUGAUUCAGAACAAUCAAUGUCAUUGAUGUCUCCAUGUAUUCCUAACAACAGCAGUUCUUGGUUGUGUCUUGUUGUCAGUUUGUUUUGCAGUGUGGAAAAACCAUCACAUGCGCACAGUGACCAACUGUUUCAUUGUGAAUCUCUCCUUUGCUGAUGUCCUGGUCACCAUCACCUGUCUCCCGGCAAGUCUUGUGGUGGACAUUACAGAAACAUGGUUCUUUGGAAACACUCUUUGUAAAAUACUACCUUACUUACAGGUAAGAGGAUGUUUCAAGGUUUUUAUUUUCACAUUUCCCAACUUUAACUUUGUCACGUGCCGAAUACAUUUAUCAUUUAGUAUACACUCUUAUCCAGAGCAACUGUAUACAUUUUCAUACCGGUCCCCUGCGGGAAUCAAACCUGCAACCCUGGUGUUGCAAGCUCCAUACUUUACCAACUGAGUAACAUCAGACUGCGAAAGGUGUAGACUUUACUAUGAAAUGCUUAGUCACGAGCCCUUUCCCAACAAUGCAGAGUUGAAAAGUAAGAAAAGAGUAGCAAAAUAAAUCAAUAAAAGGAAAUAGUAACACAAUAAAAUACAAUAACGAGGCUAUUUACAAGGAGUACCAGUACCGAGUCAAUGUGCUGGGGUACGAGGUAGUUGAGGUAAUAUGUAGGUAUGGGUAAAAGUGACUAGGCAAGCAGGAUAGAGAAGAGUGGCAGAAGCGUAUGAAGGGUGUGGCGUCAAUAUUUACAUUUGAGUCAUUUAGCAGACGCUCUUAUCCAGAGCUACUUACAGCUAGUGAGUGCAUACAUUUGUCAUACUGGCCCCCCCGUGGGAAUUGAACCCACAACCCUGGCGUUGCAAGCAUCAUGCUCUACCAACUGAGCUACAGGUGUGUGUGUGUGUGUGUGUGCAUAGAGACAGUGCAAAGAAAAUAGAAAUGUAAGAAACAAAAAGGGGGUCAAUGUAAACAGUCCGGGUAGCCAUCUGAUUAACUGUUCAGCAGUCUUAUGGCUUGGGGGUAGAAGCUGUUUAGGAGCCUUUUGGUCCCAGACUUGGCGCUCCAGUACCGGUACCGCUUGCCACUUCAAGCUUGAUAGUUGGUACGUAACUCCAGGGUACUAAACGCUAUUCUUUAAAACACCUUUGAAGGGACCCCAUAGUGAUCCUUGUGCCACAGGAAAGUAUUUUGCUUUCCCACCUCAACUGCUGUGGGCUCAGUCUUCUAUGGAUCAACAUCAUAAUUCUCUUUUGAUCCAGUGUGAUGGAACAUUCAGCCAAAUGGGGCAGAAUCCACAGCCAUACUGUAUACCAGAGGAUUAGCCUAAAGAUUCAGACCUUGCGGUCACUGUAAUUACAUCUUCCCGGUAAGGUCUGAACGGCAGGCUGCCAUGAUGAGGACACCGCGGAGCGGACGCGAGAUAUGGCACAGAAAACGUACCUCAAGGUGCUGUUCACCUAAUUAUCCAAUUUUCCAAAAUGAUACAUCAAGAUUUGAAAUACUUUUUUUUAUUAAACUGCGAUUUUCGUCAGCAUGCUGGGGGUUGAUUAUACUUUUUUUGCCAGUGCUACAGACAGCUAUAUCAGUCCGCUAAUACAGGACUAGUAAAGGCCCAGUUCACUAUUUUUUGUUAAUUAUUUUUAUUUUGUAUAGAUUUUUCAGUGGGUACUGCAGCACCCUCAGCACCCCUACUUUCCAUGGCUAUGAAAGCAACCCAUUGGAUUCCACAACACUUCUGUUAACUACUCACCCCAAUGCAUUUUCAAGGAAUCCAAUUGGCUGCUAUAGCAUUAGCUAGCCUAGCAUGCAGUUUAAUAAAAAACUAGCAGUUUUCCAAUCUUCUCGAUUCACCAUUCGUAAUUUCAGGAUAAUUAGGAGUACAGCGACAUAUUCCAUCCCUGGAUUGAGGUACAUUUUCCAAGCCAUUUACCGCUCCGGGCACUGGCUGUCCACAUUCUGGCACAGCACCGUUCCGAAUACAGAGAAGAAAUGAAUGAAUGUCGGAUUCUGGCUAGUCCGAGGAUAUGACAAACAAAACAACCUGUCUCCAGUUAUUUUCAAGUUUAAUGGGGGCAUACUUUUUCAAUGCAAUUUGCCUAUUGAAAAAACCUCUUGCCUAACCAUUGUGAAAAUAACAGUGAAAUUAUUUAAAGGGAGCCUCUCAAUCCAUGUCUGACUCAUAUUAUUUUGCAUUCAUGCUGGGACAAAUAUAGUACAUAGUGUAAUUACAUUUUUGCAAUGCUGCCUGUUGAAAAAUAUGGUCAGGAGAUUGAAAAAAGGGUUUAUCAGGUUAGUUAAUCUUUGAAUUUCCUUUCUUUAACUAGGCAAGUCAGUUAAGAACAAAUUCUUAUUUACAAUGACUGCCUACCCCUGCCAAAACCUCCCCUAACGAUGCUGGGCCAAUUGUGCGCCGCCCAAUGUGACUCCCGAUCACGGCCGGUUGUGAUACAGCCUGGGAUCGAACCAGGGUCUGUAGUGAUGCCUCUAGCACUGAAAUGCAGUGCCUUAGACCACUGCGCCACGUGGGAGGCCUUAACACAGGACUGUAUCCAAAACCCACAGACAAAUGCCUGGAGUCCUAUCAAUAACGUCCUGGUCUGAAUUACUCCGUUAUCAUUCAUGUCUGUCUGAAAGACAGAGUGGAGAGGACUACAAUUUUCCAACAGAGGAGAGGCAGCUGGUGGUCUCUCACCCCAUCAAGAGCUAAAUUAAAACCAUUUAUAAAACAUUUACCUGAUGAGCUGCAGAAGCAGAAUAUUAAAUUGGUUUUCUCCCCUGGCCUUCUUGCAGUAUGACAUAGGUACUCUCCAAAGGAAGGUCAUAUGUAAAUGCUGCACAAACUUAAUUGACAUUUUCAUUAGUUACUCCAAUAUUUACUACAGCACUGUGUGUACAUCUUGCCUAUCCUAAUGGCUGUGUGAAGCAUGGCUGAGGUAAAUUGGAAUAGCUGUAGGGCCAAUUUGAUGUGUCCAUUUGCUAAAGGAUGUUAAUGAGAGAGCUGAAAAUGUCCCCCAUUGUCAGUCAGAUGGACCCAAUUGUAAUUCUUACAGCUCCUCUACUGUCUACGGUCUCUAAUUGAUAUUUGAGUGAUGGCUGCAGACAUUAAAGGAACAUAACGCUUCAAGAUAAAAGUGUGCCAGAAGUUUUAAGACAUCAAAAGUAGUCUAAUAUCAAGAAAAGUCCUGUGUUGCUCAGUUGGUGGAGCAUGGCACUUAUGGUGCCAGGGUUGUGGGUUUGAUUCCCACGGGGGACCAGUACGAAUUAAGUAUUAAAAUGUAUGCAGUUGCUCUGGAUAAGAGAGUCUGCAAAAUGUAAAAGGCCCAGGCUGUCUGUUUUAUAGAUCCAGCUAUAUGACACAAUCUAAAACGACUGGAAAGAAUACACCAGCCCCAUAUACAUUUUAGUCAUUUAGCAGACGCUCUUAUCCAGAGCGACUUACAGUUAGUGAGUGCAUACAUUUGUCAUACUGGCCCCCCGUGGGAAUCAAACCCACAACCCUGGCGUUGCAAACGCCAUGCUCUACCAACUGAGCUACAUCCCUGCCGGCCAUUCCCUCCCCUACCCUGGACGACGCUGGGCCAAUUGUGCGCUACCCCAUGGGUCUCCCGGUCAUGGCCGGCUACGACAGAGCCUGGAUUCGAACCAGGAUCUCUAGUGGCACAGCUAGCACUGCAAUGCAGUGCCUUAGACCACUGCGCCACUCGGGAUAAUUUCCAGAUUUGUGAUGCUUAUCUUUUUAUUCAUAUAAAUAAAUAAAUGAAGUUGCCAAAUUAUCUCUAGAAAGUGUUAUGAUUAAUAUAAGCCCAUAAUCAUAAUAAUUCCUGCCACUCUAAACCAACAGAGGAACUUAUAAGGAUAGCAGAAAAUGGCUGGUAGGUUCAUAUCACUGUGAUGAGUAACAAUGCUAAUUUAGGGCUGUGAGGUUCAUGGAAUUUUGGAUGACGGUUAUUGGUCUGCCAAAUGACCGCGGUCACGUAACAACCGCUUGAAUAGCAAAAAACAACAACCCAAAAACGUUUUAUUUUUAAAGAUGCAAAUGUUCUCCUCUCCGCUCCUCUUUGCAUGUGCUGCCAUAGAAAUACAAUGAAUGGAACGGGCAUCCCCAUUCAAGACAAUGGUGGAAUAAUGGGUGGACUGGCGGCCAUUGCGUUGGUCUUCAUUUAAGGUUAGGGUUAGGCAUAAGGUUAGCAGUGUGGUUAAGGUUAGGGUUAGGUUUCAAGUGGGUGGCUCAAUUGGUAGAGCAUGGUGCUUGUAAACCCAGAGAUGUGGGUUCAAUUCCCAUGAGGGCCAGUACGAGAUUGUAUGCCCUCACUACUGUAGGUCGCUCUGGAUAAGAGCAUGCUAAAAUGUAAAAUCACAUUUUAAGAAGAUAAAUUGUAGAAAUAGGCGGGGUUUAGGACUUUGUGGCUGUGCUAACUAGUGACUACCACUGAAUAUGUGCUGUGAUUUGUUGAUUCAACUCAACUGACAUUACAAAAAAUUAAUUUGAUUGCAUGAGCCACAUCAUUUGAAUGAACAUUCUAAAUUACCAGGGAAAUUAUUGCGUCAAUACUGUAGAAACAAACUCAACCGCAGGAAUGCCCGGCCGUCCCGUCAUAAAUUAGCUGUAUGCUCCAAAUAAAAACCACAAAAAAUAACGGUUUUGACGGUUAUUUUAUUUUCAUGACAGUCUUCAUCCAUAACAGUCGGUUAUACGACAAUACGGUUAUACGGUAAUUGUGCCAGCCAUAAUCAUCAUAGGUGUUUCAUAUUACAGCUACUUAUAAUUUCCUGGAAACAUCUAUCUAUUCAUAGGAAAUGUAUUAUCAGUUUACACUUAAAGAAAACAAGAUUGUUAUUAAUGCUGAGAAUGUUGACUAUUAAGGGAAUAUAGUAGACCUGUUGAAUAUAGACUAGGGCCCCCAUACUUUGACAGUAUUUCCCCAUCUCAGCCAUAUCAACAGUAAUGCCAUUUUCUUUUUUUUGUUGCUAGAAUUUGUCUGUAUUGUGUAAACUCAGAUUCAUCAUAUAAAUGUUUAUAUUGUAAUCAUCCUUUGGUUAUGGUAGUUAGUCAGACUUCAUCAUAUAUACUGUAUAUAAUACUAAUCCCUGACAGUUGAUUAUCUCUGCGCUUCUAAUAAAGACGCAGACACACCAGUACCAUUUGCCGGCUGAGAGUACUUAGCACCUCUGAAUGGAGUGCCGCCCGUAAUUUUCAAACCGAGUGCAAGCCGAUUCUACAUGUAGAAUCCUGUGAAAAUGUCAGCAGUCAGACGUCCUUUGUUUGUCCAAGGGAAAUCACUGAUUUUCUCUCUGCAGGUAUAUAUUAAGUCUAGUACUUUUUGCCCUGGUUCACUUUGUGCUUUAAUUAACUGCACAUCCUCUUUUUCAAUCUCCCAGACAAUCUCCGUAUCUGUGUCAGUCUUGACUCUGAGCUGCAUCGCUCUCGACCGCUGGUAUGCAAUCUGCCACCCGCUGAUGUUCAAAAGCACGGCCAGGCGCGCCCGCAAGAGUAUCAUCCUCAUCUGGUUGGUUUCCUGUGUCAUCAUGAUCCCUCAGGCCAUCGUGAUGGAGUGCAGCAGCCUGCUCCCUGAGCUCACCAACAAAACCAGCCUUUUCACUGUGUGUGAUGAGCACUGGGGAGGUAGGCAGGCAUCCACAAACUCCCUCCUCUCAAUGCCACAGGACCUCGCCAAGGGACUGUAACCCCAGCCCAGACCAACUUCUAAUACUUCUACUUGAUUGAGCUUGCCUGAAUUGAGUACUCCACUGGAGUAGUCCCAAAAAUAUAAAGCGUGCCCAUUUAGAAUUCCAGGCAGCCUCUAGCAAACACUCACUAUUUGAACCAAGGUCUUGACCAAAGGCAACCGGCAUAUUUCAGUUAUUGUGACGAAACCUCCAGAGCUGUUGUCAGAUGGGGAAUAAUUAAGCAAUAAGUCCUGAGGGGGUGUGGUAUACGACCAAUAUACCACGGCUAAGGGCUGUUCUUUCGGACGACGCAACGUGGAGUGCCAGGAUACAGCCCUUAGCCGUGGUAUAGUGUCCAUUUACCACAAACCCCCGAGGUGCCUUAUUGCUAUUGUAAACUGGUUAUCAACGUAAUUAGAACAGUGAAAAUGAUUUUUUUUGUCAUACCCGUGGUAUACGGUCUGAUAUACCACAGCUUUCAGCCAAUCAGCAUUCAGGGCUAGAACCACCCGGUUUAUCAUUUAUAAACACUAGAGCAGCUCCACAAAUGUGCUGGUUAUUUCUGAUGGAAUCAAUAUUCCAUAGGAGCAUUAGAAAAUAACAUUUAUAGUGUCUCCUGCGUCGCUAUCACUCGUAAAGGAAAAUUCCACCCAAAGACUAUCUAUUGGUAUUUGUUUCAUUAGUCCAUUGUUCAUAUAGUCCCAAAAUGUUUAGACUUUCAAAAUACAGAAAAGCGCAGCAUCAUGUGAUGCAAAAUGCAUCAUACAGUGCCUUGCAAAAGUAUUCAUCCCCCUUCGCGUUUUUCCUAUUUCACUACAAAUUGGUGAAGUGAAAUGAAAAAAAUAACGGAAAAGUGUUGCGUGCAUAUGUAUUCAUCCCCUUUGCUAUGAAGCCCCUAAAUAAGAUCUGGUGCAACCGAUUACCUUCAGAUGUCACAUAAUUAGUUAAAUAAAGUCCACCUGUGUGCAAUCUAAGUGUCACAUGAUCUGUCACAUGAUCUCAGUAUAUAUACACCUGUUCUGAAAGGCCCCAGAGUCUGCAACACCACUAAGCAAGGGGCACCACCAAGCAAGCGGCAGCGUGAAGACCAAGGAGCUCUCCAAACAGAUCAUCGACAAAGUUGUGGAGAAGUACAGAUCAGGGUUGGGUUAUAAAAAAAGAUCAGAAACUUUGAACAUCCCACGGAGCACCAUUAAAUCCAAAAAAAAAUUGAAAGAAUAUGGCACCACAACAACCCUGCCAAGAGAGUGCCGCCCACCAAAACUCAUGGACCAGGCAAGGAGGGCAUUAAUCAGAGAGACAACAAAGAGACCAAAGAUAACCCUGAAGGAGCUGCAAAGCUCCACAGCGGAGAUUGGAGUAUCUGUCCAUAGGACCACUUUAAGCCGUACACUCCACAGAGCUGGGCUUUACGGAAGAGUGGCCAGAAAAAAAGCCAUUGCUUAAAAAAUAAAAAAAAAUAAGCAAACACGUUUGGUGUUCGCCAUAAGGCAUGUGGGAGACUCCCCAAACAUAUGGAAGAAGGUACUCUGGUCAGUUGAGACUAAAAUUGAGCUUUUUGGCCAUCAAGGAAAACGCUAUGUCUGGUGCAAACCCAACACCUCUCAUCACCCCGAGAACACCAUCCCAUGCUGUGGGGAUGUUUUUCAUCGGCAGGGACUGGGGAACUGGUCAGAAUUGAAGGAAUGAUGAACGGCGCUCAAUACAGGGAAAUUCUUGAGGGAAACCUGUUUCAGUCUUCCAGAGAUUUGAGACUGCGACGGAGGUUCACCUUCCAGCAGGACAAUGACCCUAAGCAUACUUAAGGGGAAAAAUUUAAAUGUCUUAGAAUGGCCUAGUGAAAGCCCAGACCUCAAUCCAAUUGAGAAUAUGUGGUAUGACUUAAAGAUUGCUGAACACCAGCGGAACCCAUCCAACUUGAAGGAGUUGGAACAGUUUUGCCUUGAAGAAUGGGCAACAAUCCCAGUGGCUAGAUGUGCCAAGCUUAUAGAGACAUACCCCAAGAGACUUGCAGCUGUAAUUGCUGCAAAAGGUGGCUCUACAAAGUAUUGACUUUGGGGGGGGGGGUGAAUAGUUAUGCACGCUCAAGUUUUUUUGUCUUAUUUCUUGUUUGUUUCACAAUAAAAAAUAUUUUGCAUCUUCAGUGUGGUAGACAUGUUGUGUAAAUCAAAUGAUACAAACCCCCCAAAAAUCAAUUUUAAUUCCAGGUUGUAAGGCAACAAAACAGGAAAAAUGCCAAGGGGGGUGAAUAUUUUCGCAAGCCACUGUACCAGCUGUAUUUCUGCAUUUUGAAAGUUAUUCAUCUUGAAAACCUGAUUGCUGACAUGCAAAACAUGUUGGGACUAAAUCAACAAUGGACUAAUGAAACAAAUACCAAAAGCUCGUUUUGGGGUGGAAUUUUCCUUUAAGGGAUUCUGAACUUGUGUGAGACCAGUAUCCAAAUGAGUUGCUGGGACAAUGUCCUUAAUUCACUUAAUUUCUAGGAAGAAUUCAAUUAGAUCAAAAUGUAACCAAAUCUUAUUUUAUCUUCGCUGCUGUAUAGUAUUCUAAUCAUAUACUAAGUACGGGGAUAACUAAGUAGAAUUCAAAAGGUACUCGCACUCAAACCAUGCAGAAAAAAACAUGCAGGAGGCAGAUAUAAAAUAACAUUGGUGUUUAAUUACAUUCUUGACAGUGAACACAAAAAGGUGCAAAUGCAAGUGGCAAAAAAGUGCAAACAGAAAGCAUAGGUUUCUACCAUCAUCUACUGUCAAGCAUGUAAUUACAGAGCAAAAAUAUGUUUCUAUUUGGGCCUCUUGCAAGUUAUUUCUACAUGGUUGAGUGUUCUAUCCAGCCUCCUACAUAUUUUUCUACAUGGGUGGGUACCUUUUGAAUUCUACUCAAUGAAUAAUAUAAAUGCAACAUCCAUGAUGACACGAUAUUGAAAACAAGUCACUGUCUUCCUUUGAUAGGAAAAACUACUAUCUAACCAGACUGUAUGAUUAGGGCAGUGGUGGAUGGUGGCACUUUAAAUGGGGAGGACGGGCUCAUAGUAAUUGCUGGAACGGAAUUAAUGGAAAGUUAUCAAACACCUGGUUUUCCAUUCCAUCCAUUAUUAUGAGCUGUCCUCCCCUCACCAGCCUCCCAUUUAUCUGUCCUGCUGAAUGAUUCACGGUCAGACAGUUGAAAAAGACUUGGAAAGCAUCGAGGGAUGACUUUGCAGGUCAUCUGAUAAAAGAGGCUUGGAUGCCUCUUGAUUGCUAUAGACAAAUACUCUCACACAGAAAACCUUUCAACUAUUGGCAGCACAAUUGUUUAGAUAGCCUUGACACAUUCAUUUAUUUUCUAUCGAUUGAAUGAGCGAGAUCAAAGUACUCCAUCUCUCAAAUUCGUUUUAGUGUGGAAAACCUUUGCAGGAAUUUGUCCUCAUGCAAACUCUCAACUUUAAAGGUUGAUAUCUACCGAUGUAGGAUCUUAAUUUACUGUAGGAUCUUAAUUUGAUGCAGGACAUUUAAAACUUGUAGUGUAUGUGAUUUUUUUUUUAAUGUCCAUUUAUUAUGUAAGGGAUAAUCAACGAGGGGCAAUGCGUUCUAAGGAAAAUAAUGAUUGACGUGGAAGGUGUGUUCCACGACGCGCUAGCAGAGUGGAACUGACCUUACAUGGAGUUCCAUUAUUUUCCAGAGAACGCAUAGAGCCCCAAGUUGAUUGUCCCUUUUACAGUAUACCAUGACUAUAAUUUAACACAUUUGCCACUAGAAAUGUGUUCAUUUGCCGUAAGAAAUGUGUUCAACAUCCACUGAAGUAGCUAGCAAGUUUACUAGAUAGCUACAGUAGUUGCCAUUGGAAACCAAACAAACAGACUUGCUAGUUUAGCUAAUCAAACCAUCAGUCCUAGCUUGCUGUUAUGAAAAUGGAAUUCACCAAUGUCAAUAAUGUUUUCAAUUCGACUUUUGCUUUCAAGAGCAGGUCAAACAUAGAACAUGUAAGAAUUAACUAUUAACAUUAAAUUCUAACAUGCGGAUAUACCGUGUGUUAUAGGGAAAUAAUGUAUGCUCUAGAAUGCCCUUCAAGCCAAUCAGAAACGAGUAUUCAACAAUGCUAUGGUAUAAAAUCCAUAUAAUAGUUUACUUUUCCUGUUUGCUGUAGGAUUAUUUUCGUGCUGUCGCUAACUGGCUCAAAUUAAGAUCCUACAUACGCUAUGUGGACACCCCUUCAAAUUAGUGGAUUCGGCUAUUUACACCUGCUGAUGACAGCUGUAUAAAAACGAGGACACAGCCAUGCAAUCUCCAUAGACAAACAUUGGCAGUAGAAUGGCCUUACUGAAGAGCUCAGUGACUUUCAACGUGGCACUGUCAUAGGAUGCCAGCUUUCCAACAAGUCAGUUCGUCAAAUUGCUCCCCUGCUAGAGCUUCCCCGGUCAGCUGUAAAUUCUGUUAUUGUGAAGUGAAAACGUCUAGGAGCAACAACGGCUCAGCCGCGAAGUGGUAGGCCACACAAGCUCACAGAACGGGAUGGCCGAAUGCUGAAAAGCAUAGUGUGUACACAUCGUCUGUCUUUGGUUGCAACACUCACUCCAAACUGCCUCUGCAAGCAACGUCAGCACAAUAACUGUUCGUUGGGAGCUUCAUGAAAUGGGUUUCCAUGGACGAGCGGCUGCACACAGGCCUAAGAUCACCAUGCGCAAUGCCAAGCGUCGGCUGGAAUGGUGUAAAGCUCACCGCCAUUGGACUCUGGAGCAGUGGAAACAUGUUCUCUGGAGUGAUUAAUCACGCUUCACCAUUUGGCAGUCCGACGGAGGACGAAUCUGGGUUUGGCGGAUGCCAGGAGAACGCUACCUGCCUGAAUGCAUAGUGCCAACUGUAAAGUUAGGGGAGGAGGAAUAAUGGUCUGGGCUAGGCCCCUUAGUUCCAGUGGAGGGAAACCUUAACGCUACAGCAUACAAUGACAUUCUAGGCGAUUCUGUGCUUCCAACUUUGUGGCACUUUCCUUUUUCAACAUGAUGAUACCCCCAUGCACUAAGCGAGGUCCAAUGUUUUGUCGAGAUCGGUGUUGAAGAACUUGACUGGCCUUCACAGAGCCCUGCCCUCAACCCCAAAUAAACAGCUUUGGGAUGAAUUGGAACGCCGGCUGCGAGCCAGGCCUAAUCGCCCAACAUCAGUGCCCGACCUCACUAAUGCACUUGUGGCUGAAUGGAAGCAAGUCCCUGCUGCAAUGUUCCAACAUCUAGUGGAAAGCCUUCCCAGAAGAGUGUGAUAGCAGAAAGGGGGGACCAACUAUAUAUUAAUGCCCAUGAUUUUAGAAUGAGAUGUUCGACGAGCAGGUGUCAACAUACUUUUGGCCAUGUAGUGUAUGUACAGUACCUUCAUCUCAGACUGAUGCCGCAUUCACGUGCUAGUCAGAACUCGGAAAUGUCAGACUUGCUAACUGGUUGAACACGACACGUAUAUAACUACAACCAGUUAGCAAGUCGGACAUUUCCGAGUUUUUUAGUUCUGACUAGCACGUGAACGCGGCAUUACUCAUGACUCAAAUCUCUGAAAUGCCAAAGUUAUCUUUUAAGUCGUAUGGGGUCAGUUCCAUUGCCAGGAUGCAAUUAUUGCUCAGCAGUUUGUCUAAUGCAGGGGUGUCAAACUCAUUCCAUGUAGGGUAGAGUGCAUUAAUAAAAUGGUAUGCCCGCUCCACUGGAGCCUCCUCAGAGGAGGAAGGGGAGGACCAUCCUCCUCAGUGAAUUUCAGAAAAAUUAAAAAAAAUUAACAUUGAAAAAGUUAUCCUUUUUAGAUAAAAUUAUAUUACAAUACUACAAAUAAUUGAUUAAAACACAUUGUUUUUUAACACAUUAGUUCUAUUAGCUAUGUUGACUAGGACAUUACUUUAGCUAAUAUGAGGAUAACGAUGUAGCGCUUAUGACAGGGUUUGGCUUGGAACGUUUUUUUCGCCUGGUCACAUACAGCUGAUGUGUUGUUCAUUGAAGUCCACGAACGAAGGGAAAAGGUGAGAGGAGGUGAGUGCAUAGAGGCGAGAAGGAAUACAACGUGGCUGCUAUAAAAGUGAACUGUGUUUAUGCGUGAUAUGGGGUGUAUUCAUUCCAACAAUUCUGUUGAAAACAGUUUCUUAAACGGAAGCAAACGAAACAGGGAUCAAAAUACCUGAAUUUGUCCAAUAGAAACACUUGUUUGCAACUGUUGGACUAAUGAUUACACCCUAGAUAAGAUAGAUGCAGGCAAGAAUGUGCAAGGCGGUAUUGAAUGUGUCAAUGUCUGUCCAUGGGUCACUGUCUGUCAUCUCAAAUCUUCCUCUCGACCUGUGUGCGCCUACAUUUGUAAACUUUCAUUCAUAGGCUAGGUUAUAGCAACCUCAUGAUGGGUAUAGGGAAAAUUCGAGUAUCAUGUAGUAGCCUAAACCUAUCGAUGUUACAUUGAACUGGGUGAAUGGAAUAUGAAUGAGAGUCAUAUAGAAAUAAGGUCAUGCUCAUAAAAAAAUUAUAAUCGUAAACGGCACUGACCGUCACUGGCCCACUCACACCUAUCUGUUUCAUGUCAACAAGUAUUGACUAAUAUUUGCAACAUUCUAAUAAUUCUCAUGUGCCGACGUAUCGCCCAAUCGUGCCAUGGUUAAACGUGCACUCCUGUAGACCUGAAAUAAUUGGAUCGUGGAACUUGCAUCCAGCCAACCAGAAAAGCAAGGUGAAGCAGUUAAUUCAUUCUUGAUAGUCAGGACAAGUCUUGUCCUGCUAAGAAACAUUAUUUUUAUAGUUGAAAAAAAUAGAUUUAGCAAGCAGUAGUCAUUUAGAUUAAGGAUAAAUGUGGAGUAGAGCUUUAUAGUUAUGUGAUGACACCACAUGCCCAGCGUACCUUCAAAAUUAUUCGGCAAUCAUUAUUUAUUCGAAAAACACAGUUUCCAUCAUAAUUUGUAGCAAUAAAAAAAAAUUUGACAAAAGAAAAAUCCGACCCUGUUGAACAUACAAAAAUUUAGUAGAUGUAGAACAUCUACUGCAUUUUUAUCAUUUACUACAUUUAUGUAAUGUUCAACAGGGGCGGAUUUUUCUAUUGUCAACUUUUUUUAUUGCUACAAAUUAUGAUGGAAACGGUGUUUUUCUAAUAAAUAAUGUAGUAGAUGUUUAAAACAUUUCGCCUAUAACUGCCGUUUACAUUACACAUGUCGCAAUGUUUUCUUUUGUGACAUUGAUUUUGUGGAAUAAACCUGGGUCAAUGGAAACCUGCCUACUUAUUCAAUUGUUAUUUCGUAAAGUGUAGAAUGUUGUAUUUGUUCAGCUGAACCUUUCUUUGAUAGGAACCAUAUUUCAGCACAAUCUGAUGAUUCCCUUUAAAAAAAAUAAAUUCAGUUCUGUCUUGCCACUCAAUUUAGAUUCCUGCACAGUAACUACAAGCUCAUGCAUGUUACUGAUAAAUAUGUAUAUCAAUGUAGCCAUGUUUGUUUGCCCUUUGCGUUUUACCAAUUACCACCACAAUUCCUACAGUACCCUUACGAAAAAACCACAUGAAUCUCACAUGUGAACACCUGAAGUAUUCCAAAAUCAUGUGAUCACGUGAUCUUAUGUGAAGUUAAUGUGACAACAUGUAAAUCAACAUGUGAUAACAUUAAACUACACCUGAAAACAUGUGAUCACAUGUGAAGUGUUACAAAAACAUGUUUUCACGUGACAUAACAUGGAACAUUUCAUGUGAAAUCAUGUGGUUUUUCUGUAAGGGUAGCACCUCUAAUUUACAUCUAUGUCACAAUAAUUUAGCUAAGUCAUAUUUUAUUCUCCCAAUAGCUGAUGUCUACCCCAGGGUCUAUCACACCUGUUUCUUCAUCGCCACAUACCUCGCUCCCCUCUGUCUGAUGGUUCUGGCAUACACCCAGAUAUGUCAUAAACUGUGGUGUCAACAGGUAUGUAUGUAAAUGUUUUGUGAACAAUAACAGACAACAUUUGCACUGUUUCUUAGCAAUCUGGCUGUUUGUUGAUUGAUCAUGCAGUCAUCAAGUUAUCAGUGUCCAUUAUCCUUGCAAUUAUUUGACAAUGCACUCUCAGAAUAUGCACUCCACUGUUCAGAUCCAUUCCAUUGAGCUUUUUUAAUGUUUUGAGUUUUAAUGAGUCGGACAAGCAAAAGCUGUUCAAAGACCACAGUGUGAUCGGCUGUGGGUUGGGUUCUUUAAACAGAUUCCUGGGACGUCAUCUGUGCUGCAGAGGAAGCGGACGUCCCUCCAGUGUUCCGCUUAUCCCCCAGGUCCUGGGGAGUCAGCCAGGGUCCGGACCAGCACAGUGUCCGCUGAGAUCAAACAGGUCCGGGCCCGCAGGAAGACCGCCCGCAUGCUGAUGGUGGUGCUCUUCGUCUUUGCCCUCUGCUACCUGCCCAUCAGCGUCCUCAACAUCAUGAAAAGGUAGCAGCCACUUUGGGUGCUCUGUCUCUCUGUCAUCAGGAUCAAUAGCCAAUUCACUCUAGGAUUCAACGUAGAGAUGUUUCACGGAGUCAGUAGUUUGUAGGAGUCAGCCGUUUACGUUUGGAAAUGAGUCAUUUGACUCAAAUAACAGUUGUCAUUCACAGUAGUCCCUGGUAAACAUUGUGUUUACAGAAAAAGGUGCUCACAUACUGAGAAUUGAGUAAUCUGUAAGCAUUAAAUUAGCAUACGUAGAUGAGAUUUGUUCUGCUCCAUCAACGCGGUAAGACAACAUAUCUGGGAUGUCUGUCUCUCAGGGUGUACAUCAUCGCCGUCUGAUGAAAACCAAUUUUCUCCAAAACAAAACUUUUCAGGAAUUUGGGAAAAAAUACCAUAAUUUCAUAUUAAUAUAGAAUUAUGAAACUAAAUAAUAUAUUUUCUUGGUCCUAGAGUCAUGAAAUGUUCAGAGUACAUUGAGGGGAGUUACUGCUUUCAUUAAAUGUAAAACAAUAAUACAAAUUGGCAAAACAUUUAGUUACGAGGUUUUCAUCAGACAGCAACGAUAUAUUAAUUGCUAGUUAUUCAUAGAAUUAGGUAAACUAUCUCUUUAAUAUCCCCCUCCCCCUCCCUCCAUCUAGUAAAUAUGUGUACACUUGCAAACACCUGUCAAUAAGCUACAGCUCCAUUUACAGCUUCAACACACUUGGUGUCAUUACUGACGAGGUCUCACUGAUGUCACCUUGUCAUUGCAGAGUAUUUGGGACGUUUAAGUACACAAACAGCAGAGAGACUGUGUACGCCUGGUUCACGUUCUCACAUUGGCUGAUAUAUGCCAACAGUGCUGCAAAUCCAAUCAUCUAUAACUUUUUAAGUGGUGAGUUUAUCUCAAUAUACUUAGUUCAUGAUUUUAUUGCCCCAUCUGCUGGACAGUACGGUACAUCACAACACACUUAGUGGCACUUUGGAAGAGGGAUUUGAUGUGCAGCAUAACUUGUUCAGUCAAUUUUAAUGGUAAAGAAACAUAAUACUGAAGUGGUAGAAUUUCAACAGAAUUCCCCUUUCAUUUGAGGCUUGAUUAGCGGUUUAGAGUGUUGGGUCAGUAACCGAAAGGUUGGUGGUUCAAAUCCCCAAGCAGACUAGGAAAAAUCUGCCGAUGUGCCCUUGAACAAGGCCCUUAGCCCUAAUUGCUCUGGAUAAGAGCAUCUGCUAAAUUACUAAAAUGUUAUGUGUUUAACGAAGUUUAGCUUUUUUCCACAGGGAAGUUUCGAGCGGAAUUCAAAGCAGCAUUUUCCUGUCACUCUUUUGGCCGAUGCCAGAACCAAACAGCGGGCAUACGGAAAAUAAUAAACACUGACAGCCGUAAAUCCUUGUCCACUCAAGUCAACAACAUGGACAAUGUCUCACGGAUAUCUGACCAUGUGGUUUAA